GAACGUGUGGGAUCCACAUCCAGUCGAGCGGCGCAAUGUCUGAUGAUGGAGAGGCACUACAAUCUCCAACAGCCAUUCUCGAUGAGCUUUUGGCACAGGAGGAGUGCGUCAUCCUGAGCCCUGUUUGUCAUGGUUCAGACGUUUGGCCGGACACGGACAGCGAGAUCGCAGAUCUGUGCGGGGAGCUGGAAUCCUGUCUCGGGAACUUGAGCCAUUGGCCUGAUCAUGCCCUUGGCCUCGAAGGCCUUCGGCGCUUCGAGGAUGACUUUGCCAUCUACCAGGAACUGAAUGUCGAGGAGGAUGUGGAGGAGCAAACAACCUGUUGGAUCCUCCAAGAUGCAGACGAGGAUGAUGUCAACUUGGCUGCAAGGGCGAGCAGCGCAGGAGAUCUUCACAGGCAAAGGCCUUCAUCUAUGCCCGACUUGCCCAACCUCAUGAAGUCUCGGCCCAGAGUGGGAUUGGACAAGAUCACCAAAGCAGGUGAAGGGAUGGACGCAGCCGCACCGAAGGGUUCCGAUCCGGCAGGUCCGAUCUGGCUGACAGAAAAAAACUGUUUGAGGAAACGUCAUGAAACUUGAACACGACACGACACAGUGGUUUGAUUGUGGCUUCAUGUGGCUUCUGAAAAACAGUUGAGGAAGCAACUUAGGGCUUUCCUCGCACCAGUCUCAACUCUACAAAAGCAAGCGUGUUGGGAAGGUGAAGAAGUUGAGGAUGCCCAGGACAGCAGAAACAAGUGCGUUGCAGGAUUCAGUGCGGAUUGGAAAGCAAAUAACUAUUUGUUGGAUGCAGGCUGCUGAGCGUUGGAAAGACUCUUCUACCCUUGAUGUUUAACACCUAGUCGCGUUGGGAAGAUCCCUUGUGCUUGCAAACCGGCCGAGUAGCGCAGGGCGAGUUGGACACACUACUGGCAGAGUGCCAAAGGCGUGUGUGUUCUACAUGGGGCUAUGUAUUUUUUAUGCAGUACAGACAUGAGAUCACAUGAGGGGAUCAGCUUCACAGAGUGGUAGUACUAUGCAAUUAGUACCCAAAUGAGAAGACUAUGCCAUGCCCUCCUUGGUUGAAAGCCAGCAAGUAGCACUGAUUCAGCUGUUGGAUUGCCAACCCUGGGUAUUUGCAUAAAGCUUUUUAGACUUGUCCUUCCAAGGAUGAGUGCUGGAAUGUGUGACUUCUGAACGGGUCAUUUGUAUAGUUUGUAUGCAUUGUGUCUUGGUGGAGCAAUGUGGCAAUAGAUGGCUUGAAUCCACUAUGAACGAGACCGUUCAUGUCCAAAUGAAUGCCACCCUUGAAUGUUAAUUGCUGGCCACAGUUUUUUGAUUUCACCCCAGCAUCGAAGAUGCAUAGAACUGCUUGAGGAUAUUGAAUGCAGAUGUCAUUCCAUCGUUCCAAUACAAUGGGCCCACACCCAUUCUGUACAUAGAUAAAUUGAUAGCAAAUUGAUAUCAAAAAAUA